CUUGAAGGCGGUGCCGUCGCUCUCCGGGCUCGGCCAGGCACCGGGAAGAGGAACUGGGCUUUUGCACUGCCGGGUCGGGGACGUCCCAGCUCCGGGCCCCGACCCCCGGCUCCUGGGACCACCGCCACCACCAUCACCCCCCUCCCCAGCCCCGCAGCCGCCUGCUCGCUGCAAGGGAGGGGAUGGGGCGGGGAGGUCCCGGGGCGAGGACGAGCCCCUGCACCCCCUCCGCACCCCCCUGCACCCCCUCGCAUCCCCCUUGCACCCCCUCGCACCCCCUUUGCUCCCCCUCGCACCCCUUUUGCUCCCUCUCGCAUCCCCCCCGCUCUCCCCUAUUGCAUCUCCCAGGGGAGCCGCUUGCUUGCAGGUUGCGUGCUUGAAAUAAAAGUCUCCCCUUUUUUUUCCCCUCCCCAAAGACCCUCCCCAGCUGCCCUGAGCCCCCCCCUCUUCCCACUAUGAUUUUGCUGAGCAGCAUCUUGCACCUCCGCCCCCCCCGGCGCUGCGGCCCCUUGGCAGGGCUGGGCAGGGGGCCCGGCCCCAUAGCGGGGUCCCGCAGGGCUCUGCGGGUGCUGGUGGACAUGGACGGGGUGCUGGCCGACUUCGAGGGAGGCUUCCUCAAGAAAUUCAGGGCCAGGUACCCCGACAAGCCCUACAUUGCCCUGGAGGACCGGAGGGGCUUUUGGGUGUCGGAGCAAUACGGGCGCCUGGGACCCGAGCUGAGCGAGAAAGCCAUCAGCAUCUGGGAAUCAAAGAACUUCUUCAUGGAGCUGGACCCGCUCCCCGGUGCUGUGGAAGCUGUGAAGGAAAUGGCAAAUUUGGCAGACACCGACGUGUUCAUCUGCACAAGCCCUAUCAAGAAGUACCGCUACUGCCCUUACGAGAAGUACGCCUGGGUGGAGAAGCACUUUGGCCCCGAGUUCCUCGAGCAGAUCGUUCUGACACGAGAUAAGACGGUGGUUUCUGCUGACCUGCUUAUCGACGACCGGCCUGACAUCACGGGGGCCGAGCUGAACCCCAGCUGGGAGCACGUGCUCUUCACAGCCUGCCACAACAGGCACCUGCAGCUGAAGCCCCCCAGCCGCCGCCUGCAGUCCUGGACUGACGACUGGAGGGCCAUUCUGGACAGCAAACGGCUGCCGCCCGGCCGGGCCACCUAAAAACCAGCCUCCCGUGGCCACCUGGGGCUGUGGCCACCCGCUCGGUGCCCUGAGGAGUCCUGCUGAAGGCUGACACCACGGACAGACAGACAGAUGCCGUCCCUAGAGUGGAGAGGAAGGGGAGAUGAAGCAGCAAGGACCCCAGUAGUGGAUCUCAGCCCAGCCAGGGGCAUUUACUGCCACGUCUGCACCCCCAGCAUCACCGUCCUCCUUCAGCAUGGCACGGAGUGGUUCUCUGUCCUCCUGGGGCACGGUCACACCCGUGAUGGAGUUGUCCUCUGGCUGGCUUGAAGGAUCCCCAUCCACCCUCAUCCCUGAGGAGCUGCUGCAGCUACGCACAGAGGGGCUUUAGGGCUGCUUUGGGAAGAAGGGAGCAGAUGUUUCUUUACACAAGAGCUGCAAGAAACCAUGCGGGCACUUGCUGACGGGCUGGCAGAGGUGAGGGGGGUUCUUUACCCUGCCCAAAGGCUCUUCCUCCUUCCCCAGCUCUUGGCACUCACCUCACGAGCUUCUGGGGCUCUUCUCCCACUGCUCUCCACUCGGGCCGCUCACCCUGGGCAUUGCUGAUGCAGCAAGCAGGCCGAGCAGUGCUGGCAGAAGCCCUUUUUGGAAGCCCAGCAGCUUCUGCAGCUCACAUCUCACCUCACAAACCGGGGAUCUGAUGGAUUUCAAAGCCAGGGAGGUCGGCAUGGUGCUGGCUGCGUGGUCUGUGCCCCAUCUCUCUCCUCAUCCUGCCCAAAAUCAGCCCGCCAGGAGAGCUCUGGGUGUGUGUCCACCCAGAGGUGGAUCCUUCUGGGGAUGGAUCCUUCCACACAGAAAGCCCUGGGUGGUGCAGAUCACCAGGCUGAGGCAGUGGGACCGUCAAUACUGCCGAGCUGAUUGCCAAAUUGUCUGGUUUCACCUCGGGGAAGCUGGCUGGGGCUGCGAGUGGCCAGCUGGAACAACGGGCACUGAAAAGGGAGGACUUGGAGCAAGCGGCAGCUCCCAGAGGGACACAUUUCAUGUAGCUGUGCCUCUUUUUUCCCUGCCUGGCUGGUUCCCAUCUCCCUGAGCCUGCACCAGCCUCUGAACUGCACCACAAAGCGGCCACUGCUGCUUCUCUUGCCAGCCCCGGAGAGGGGAUGUCCCUGUCCUGGGGGGGCACCGCACUGAGUGUCCCCAGGCAGAGCCCUGGGGACAUGCAGGGACACUGCAGCUCUCACAGGGGUCAUUUGGGGUAUCCAGCAGCACUCCCCACCCCGUUUGGGAUCCCACCACUAUCCCCUGCUGACCCGGACCAAGGACUUGCUGGCCAUGGGGGUAAAACUCCCCUCUGGGACAUGUGGCAUGGGUCAGCCACCCCGUGUGCUGCUCACCAAGCCUUUGGCUUCCCUCUCCUCUCUCCUUUUGGCCCCGUCAGCAAAAAAAACAAUGUGAGCUGAAAGCCACGCAGCCAACAAACAGCACAUUUCAGCAGCAGCAGUUGCUCCACCACGCCUGGGACUCAGAGGGGCUCUUGAAGUCGGUGCUUCCAAAUCCGUGCCUUCCCCAGCUGCUGCGGGCCAGGGGUGAAGCCCGAAUUGCCUCAGCUCUCUCUGAAAGCUGCCCCGUCUCCUGGGAUGGGGAGGUUGUGUAAAGAUCCUGUGGUCUAGGAGUGACGAACUGCAAGGAUUUAACUUUUUUUUUUUAAUCUUGUUUAAACCACUUUGGGCUGCUCCUGAGGAGCUGCUGCGGCUGCCGAGCAUCACACGUGGCAUUGCAUGGGCUCCGAGUUCAGUUUGUCCCUCGUGGCACCAUUUAAAUAAGAGCUCCCCAAGCUCUCCAGAGCCAUUUCCCAACCCGUCCUCGAGCUGAAAUGGAGCUGCCACGUUGCUACGGCUGCCCCAAACCCCACAUCUCUCCCCAAAGCUGUGGUGGACCCGAGGGAUGCAGCUUUCCAGGUCCAGAUCUUUCCCUCUUGGUGGGACGUAUGAUGCCGGAGUGACCACAUGGAUUCACACCAAAUAUACUUGAAAGCAGGGCAGGAAUUUCUCCCUGUAUGAGGCUCACAGAAAUCCCACUUGGUCGCCGUCCUGUUGGGGCCAUGACACGACUUUCCAUCCCCCAGCCGCGUGGUCCUUUUAGUGCUUGAGCCGUUCUGCAGCCAGUUGGGACGCACAGAGCUUUUAUUUUUAAACGCACAUCCAUAAAACAGAGGCUGCCGAGGAGCACUGCAAUAAACACCGGGGUUUAUUGGCAUCUGGCUUCCCAGAAACGCAGUUUGGGUUUUGCAGUUUCCCCACCCGAGGCUCUGCCUUCUGCGUGGUGGAGCUGGGGAGGGCUGCACCUGGGGCUGGGGAAUCCUCGGGGCCAGAAAGCCCGAAAGCAGCCCUCCCAGCACAAUAAUAAUGCCAUUACAGAGUCCCCGUGGGCAGAACGAGAGCCCAGGGGCAGUUUUAGUGCUGGGGGGGAUGCUGCAGGCAGGGAACGGCCUCCUGUGCCCUCCUCUGGGAUCAGCGUGGCACAGAGGAAACGAGCACUGACGCUGGGACGAAGCAUGGGAGUUGUUUUUUCCCCUCUUGUUGUUGUUCUUGUUGUUCUCGUUUGUUUGUUUGUUUUCUCCUGGCAGUAGCUCACUGCCACGUCCAGCUUUAAGGACAGUUUGAAUUUCCUCCUCCAGCUCCGACCUCUGCGUUUGACGGCUGCAAGAACUCCUUAAUUUCGCCCCUUCACCGGCGAGCCCAAUCCUGCCACAGCUCGGACCCCGCCGAGAUGCCACGGCAAGGAAAACCGUGGUACGGCUCAUGCCCAAAAUGUGUAUUUCUGAGCCCAAACCCCGAUGCUGGGGGCCUGCAGGGAGGCAUUCACAUCAGGGCUGGGCUGUGUCUUUCUGUGCUCUGCUGUGACACCCGUGAGCUGGAGAGGAAAUCCUGCUGGAGCUCAGGCACGGCGCGUGCCCCUGGCACUCUCAGGGUUAACCAAAAAGCAGAGAUUUGGGGCUUUUCCUCUGUUCAGGCUACAAAAAGAUGCAUGUUCCCAUUGCCACGCUGCAAAGGAGACGCACAAUAAAUUUUUCUGUGCCACUG